ACACACACACACACACACACACACACGCGUUCAUUUGAAAUGUCAACAUUCCUCAAGUCCUCGGUGUUUCUAUUGUUAGCUAUUCAGUGUUUCUGUCUAUUUCUGCAUCAUCCUGCUUACAAUGGUGUAUAUUUUGUUUAUGUCAUCAUUAUUACUUACCGACAUCUACAUAAUCAGCUAUGUUAAACCAAUCCAUUUUUAGAAUUGUACUGUUUAAGGUCCGUGAAGUUGAAACAUUGUCCUAACUUGCAUAAUUUUACAUCCUCGUUCGGCAGAUUUUACUUCCCUAAAAGGCCGAAAACGCAUGUGUCAUAGAAUAGCAGCUAGCGAGGGUUGAGAAGCGUUCAAGUAAAGACAAGUGGUGAGAAAGGAGGCGGGAACGCGGGAAAGGAGGGAGGUGAAGAUGUGUCUGAGUAAUAUAGAGCGAAAGAGAGCAAGCGAGAGAGAAGAAGAAGAAGAAGUGUCAGGAAUGAUCAGAAGCCGGCAGUGCUCUGUCUCGACGCACAGCACAGCAUGUUGUCGCCGCCGAGCCUGGGACGCACGCUGGACUACAGGAUCCAUCAUGCCCUGGGAGCCUGCAGGUCGUCCACCUGGGAUGUCCAGGACGACGUGCCCAUCAAGGAGAUCAGCAUCACUCACCACGUGAAGGAGGGAUGCGAGAAGGCAGACCCUCGCCAGUUCGAGCUGCGCAAAGUCCUGGGACAAGGCUCCUUUGGGAAGGUCUUCCUGGUGAGGAAGAUCACGGGUCCCGACGCCGGACAACUGUACGCCAUGAAAGUGCUGAAGAAAGCUACACUGAAAGUGCGUGACAGGGUCAGAACAAAGAUGGAGAGAGACAUCCUGGUGGAGGUCAACCAUCCCUUCAUUGUCAAACUGCACUACGCGUUUCAGACGGAGGGCAAGCUCUACUUGAUCCUGGACUUCCUGAGAGGGGGUGACCUCUUCACACGGCUUUCUAAAGAGGUGAUGUUCACGGAGGAAGACGUGAAGUUCUACCUCGCAGAACUCGCUCUGGCUCUUGAUCACCUUCACGGCCUGGGCAUCAUUUACAGAGACCUGAAGCCUGAGAACAUCCUGCUGGAUGAGGAUGGACACAUCAAGUUGACAGACUUUGGCCUCAGCAAGGAGUCCAUCGACCACGAGAACAAGGCGUACUCCUUCUGUGGGACGGUGGAGUACAUGGCGCCGGAGGUGGUCAACCGGCGGGGGCACACACACAGCGCAGACUGGUGGUCGUACGGCGUCCUGAUGUUCGAGAUGCUGACGGGAACGCUGCCGUUUCAAGGCAAAGACCGGAAAGAGACGAUGACCAUGAUCCUCAAGGCCAAGCUGGGAAUGCCACAGUUUUUAAGCUCCGAAGCCCAGAGUCUCCUCAGGAAUCUCUUUAAACGCAACCCCUCCAACAGAUUAGGAGCUGGCCCGGAUGGCGUGGAGGAGAUCAAGAGGCAUCACUUCUUCAGCACUAUCGACUGGAAUAAACUCUUCCGCAGAGAGAUCCACCCGCCCUUCAAGCCUGCCGCGGGACGGCCCGACGACACGUUCUACUUCGACCCGGAGUUCACGGCGAAAACGCCCCGAGACUCUCCGGGAGUCCCGCCCAGUGCCAACGCCCAUCAGCUCUUCAGAGGUUUCAGUUUUGUGGCAAUAACAGAAGAGGAAACGACACAACCGAUGCCCAAUGCCAUUGUUAAGCAGCUCCACAGAAGCACGUCUCAGUUUUCCGACACCUACGAGGUCAAAGAGGACAUUGGCGUGGGCUCGUACUCCAUCUGCAAGCGCUGCGUCCACAAGGGCACCGGCAUGGACUACGCCGUUAAGAUCAUCAACAAGGCCAAGCGAGACCCCACGGAGGAGGUGGAGAUCCUGCUGAGAUACGGCCAGCAUCCCAACAUCAUCACGCUCAAAGACGUCUAUGAUGACGGCCGCUCCGUCUUCUUGGUGACGGAGCUGAUGAAGGGCGGAGAGCUGCUGGACAAAAUCCUCCGCCAGAAGUUCUUCUCAGAGCGGGAAGCCAGCGCCGUUCUCUUCACCAUCACCAAGACGGUGGAGUACCUGCACGUGCAGGGGGUGGUGCACAGAGACCUGAAGCCCAGCAACAUCCUCUAUGUGGACGAGAGCGGGAACGCCGAGUCCAUCAGGAUCUGCGACUUCGGCUUCGCCAAGCAGCUGAGGGCAGAGAACGGCCUGCUCAUGACGCCGUGUUACACCGCCAACUUUGUCGCUCCGGAGGUUCUGAAGAAGCAGGGUUACGAUGCAGCCUGUGACAUCUGGAGUCUCGGAGUUCUUCUCUACACAAUGCUAACAGGCUUCACUCCGUUCGCCAACGGCCCCGAGGACACGCCCGAGGAUAUUUUGGCUCGAAUUGGUAGUGGGAAGUUCUCACUCACGGGAGGAUACUGGAACUCUGUGUCCGCAGAGGCCAAGGACCUGGUGUCAAAGAUGCUGCACGUAGACCCCCACCAGCGGCUGACGGCGGGCCAGGUCCUCCGCCACCCGUGGGUGACUCACCGAGACCAGCUGCCGAAAUACACCCUCAACAGACAGGAUGCCCCGCACCUUGUCAAGGGAGCGAUGGCCGCCACGUACUCGGCCCUCAACAGGAACGUCCCACCAGUGCUGGAGCCGGUGGGCUGCUCCACUCUGGCCCAGCGAAGAGGGGUGAAGAAGAUCACCUCCACAGCUCUGUGACCUCAACAACCUUUAACUACCCCCACUCCACCACUCCCCCGCCCUCACCCAAUGCCAACUCUGACCUCGGUCCGGUCCGGCUGGACAGACUACUGAUAGAAUCUUGGAACCGCUAACGCCAAAAAGGAGCACAGGGGCCGCUGCCCUCCUGCACACCCAUCGCCCUCACCUCUCCAACCACCCAACCCCCGCACCUUAUCGGACUCUGUCUGGCCUCGGCCGUGAUUUUGCUUUGGACAAUCAGGACAGGAAGUGAGCACGUGUGUAUAUCAAACCGGGAAGCUAUUAUCAUAGAACACAAUAAUCCAACAUAAGCAUUUAAAGUCGUAGGAUGUUUUUAACGCUGUCGUCAUGGUUACGUGGCCGCUGAGCAGCGGGCGGACGCACACCUCCUCUCAACACAGAGCAGCUGCACAAGAAGGGAAAGUCUCUCAUCUCAAUGACAACAACUCAAGUCUUCUUUUUUUUUUUUCCUUUUUUAAGCUGUGACGCCUCCAAACGUCAUUCUUUUUCUCCUUCACUGUUCUUGGCCAGCCGCCAUCUUCCAAGUGGACGUGGAAUUUGUCCCGUUUCCAUAUUUUAUUGACAGGUGUGACGCAGUUGGAGUGUGGAGCUGACAAAUGACGAUGCUGAAUGCUAACAUGACGUCAUGAUGUCAUGCGUAUGCAAAUGAGUUAUUUACCCGACAUUAUUAAGCCCUGUAGCUUCUUGCCACUGACAAUAGCGCUUGUCAGAAUGGGAGCGAGGCCAUGUGAUUUAUGCAAGAACAAAAACAGUAGACUUUGUCGUACUAGACUAAAAAGGUCACUGCUACCCUUCAGGUCCCAAAGUGGAACACAAGGAGACGUCACCAAAUAAGACUUUGUGACCUGCAAUUAAGGCUUCCAUAACAAUAUUUCCUUCCACUCUGAUGUUGCUACUACUAUAAAUAAAUAAAACAUCUCAGGUUUUCAUUCGUCCAACAGGAGACGACAUGACGAGCACAACCACGCAAGGCCGAGUGGGACCAAAGUGCCGUUCCGAAAACUCAUGAAUUAUGAUCCGCGUUUUUGUUCUAGUCUGACGUCAGCGCAGCUUCAUGAAAUUGGGUCAUUGGUGCCCCCUGUGGUGGAUGUUCAACAGUGCAAUUCUUAAGCUGCCUGAACCAGCGCACAUGCCCUCCCAGCCAGUAGGGAGCAGCGUUACAAUGCAAGUUUUCGUCAUGAAUGUGUGCGACAGGAUGGGUGAUCUGUCGCCGUACAGUUCUGGGAACAAGGAAUGUAAAAAAAAAAAAAAGUACUGUUUCUGUAAUUACAAAUGUCUUCUGUCAUCUUUUUUUCUCUUCCUCGUUGAUGUGACCUGUCAGACGUGUUCAGCCCUGCUGCUGCACCACCUGUUUUGUUUUGUUUUUUACCUGCAGGGAGACUUUCUAUGAAAAAAUAAAAAAUAAUAAUAAGCCGA